AUGAAAGCUCUCCCAAGUUCGCUCGGCCUACUAUCUCUCUAUUUUCUCCUUCUCGCUGGCUUUGUUCUCGCGCAGGACCCGGAGUGCAGCGCUUCCACCCCCUGCAAGGCCGGCUGCUGCUCCAAGUUUGGCUUCUGCGGCUAUGGCAAAGACUACUGCCACGAAGAUGUCUGCCUCAACAACUGCGACCGCCUCGCUGAGUGCGACCCCGGCGGCUUCGGCUCCGAGUUUGUCGAAAAGUCCAAGUGCCCCCUGAACGUCUGCUGCUCGAAGCAUGGCUUCUGUGGCUGGACCGAAGAGUUCUGUGGCGACAAGAAAGUCGACCGGCCUCAGUGCGAUAGCCACACUCUUGAACGUGUCGUCGGCUAUUAUGAAGGCUGGGCUGCCCGCCGUCCCUGCAACUCCUUCAUGCCGGAGGAAAUCCCAAUCGGCGUCUACACGCACCUGAACUUCGCCUUUGCCACCGUCGACCCUGACACCUUCGACGUCCGCCCGGCCUCUUCCGCUGACACCCUACUAUACCGACGCCUCACGUCCCUCAAGGAGCGUGACCCAGACCUCAAAGUCCUGAUUGCCAUCGGCGGCUGGACCUUCAACGACCCCGGCCCAACAGCCACCACCUUCUCCGACAUUGCGCGUUCCGACUCGGCCCAGAAGGCCUUCAUCAAGUCGCUCGUCAGCAUGAUGUCCACCUACGACUUUAACGGCAUCGACCUCGACUGGGAAUAUCCCGCAGCCGACGAUCGGAGCGGUCGCAAGGAGGACUUUGAAAACUUCCCCAAGUUCAUCGCCAACCUCAAGAAGGCCCUCAAGUCCACCGGAAGGGAUGAGGUGAGCUUGACGCUUCCGGCAUCCAUGUGGUACUUGAAGCACUUUGACAUUGUCAACCUUCAGAAGCACGUCGAUUUCUUCAACAUUAUGAGCUACGAUCUCCACGGAACCUGGGACAAGGGCAACCAAUGGGUCGGCCCGUACCUCAACGCACACACCAACCUCACGGAGAUCAAGCAGGCCAUGGAUCUCCUCUGGAGAAACAACAUUGACCCUGACAAGGUCGUACUAGGCACCGGCUUCUACGGCCGUGCCUUCACAGCCACCAGCCCCGACUGUCUCGCCCCGGGCUGCACGUACGAGUCCGGUGCUCCUCGCCAGCCCUGCAGCAACGAGAUAAGCGUCAUGAUUCAGUCCGAGAUCGUGGAUGUCAUGAAGAGGAUUAGUAGCAAGCCUAUCCUCGACAAGGAGGCGGCAGUCAAGAUUCUGACCUUCGACACCAACCAGUGGGUUGCCUACGAUGACGAAGACACCUUGCAGAUGAAAGCCGACUUUGCCCGCGAACAAUGCAUGAACGGUAUCAUGGUCUGGGCCGUCUCACAAGAUGUCUCGGACGGCACCUACUCUGAGGCCAUCGGGAAGGCGGCCGCUCGCAAGUUCACCUCGCUCCCAUCCCUGUUCUUCGAGAUAGGCGACGACGCCGACAUGGUCACUCUCACGACGAAGCAUCCGCAGUGCAAGUGGACCAACUGCGGUGAGUCGUGUCCCUCCGGCUGGGUCCGCAUACUGCGCAAAGACGACGAGGCCCGCGACAACGAGUACAUGGUCGACGGAUCCCACUGCUCCGAAGGAGUACACGAGCUGUGCUGCCCGGCCGAGGAUCCUCCAACUUGCGGCUGGUAUCAGCACAACAACGGUAAAUGCAACCCGACAUGUCCAGACGGCACCGUCGAGGUCGGCUCUCUCAUGACGCACUGCCACAACAACAAGUACCAGGCCGCAUGCUGCACCACGGGCAAGACAAGCAUGGAGCUCCACGACCACGGCCAGGACGAGGUCGUUCGAUCCCCGAGCGGCAGCGGCAACGCUGUCCGCAACAUCGAGACCUGGAACGUCGACUACGCAAACGAGAUCUCGAACGGCGACGGCACGGUCAAGAUCCAGGAGCGCAAGCUGUGCUGCGACCAGGAAGACAACAAGAAAUGGGAUGACUGCCAGUGGUACUACAACCUCGGCCCUGGCAAGGACGACUACAAAUACUGUCGCAGCAGGUGCCCAAGUGACCGCGUGCGCGUCGCCAUGGACGCAUACUGGAACAAGGACGGCCACUUCGAGUGCGUCCGCGGCGCCAGGGCCAAGUGCUGCAUCCCCAAGCACCAGUCCAUCGAGAAGCGAGACACUUCGCAGAACGAGGUCCUCCGCGACGCCCUCGAGUCGUUCCUGACCAAGCCCAUUUGUUCUGAGGACGGUGGUGGCUGGACGUGGACUUCUUCUCUGAGCGCCAGGGAAGUGAACUCAUCGGAGCCCAUCUUACCUCCUCAGGACUCCGAGACGCCCAAGAUAAUACUUUCACACCUGCGAAGGCACAUAAGACACCUAUCGACUCCCUCUCGGCACUCACAUGUCGGCCCCGGCGUCCACCGCUCGGCUCACCAGGAGUUGGCCACGUCCUUCGAGAGGCGCCAGAGCAGUUUCGGGAGCUUCGAGCAGGACGAGAUCAAGACCCUGGUCUACGCUCUGCUCCUCGUCAAGGCGAGCGUACGACAGAUCCAGAUCUGGGACGGCCUGGUGCCCGUCAAGUACGAGAACCUCAAGUGGUCCGAACUAAAGGCCUGGAUCAAGGACACGAAGGCGGUGGCGCAAUACGGCUACGACCAGCUGGCGUACCUCAUCACAUGCCACAUGGGCAACUUCAACGACUGGGUCGGUGGCAGCACGCCGGACGACUGCGAGUGCGACUCGGACGCCUGCUGUCCCAGAGGUGGCGACUGGUGCGUGUCGGAGGAUAGCGAGCCCAAUGACACCUAUGACAGUACGGCGAUUAAUGAACGGGGAGAGGAGAUGACGCGUAGGGAAGAGGAGGAGGAUGAGGGUAUCCUCUCCAUCAUGGCCACCCCUGGUGAGCGUCGCAAGUACAAGUUCAGGCUGCGCGACGGCACAGAGAUCACAGUCGAGAGUGAAGAGUACUACCCUGCCACCAACAGCUUCUGGUAUGCCAACCACCCUGUCUGGAACAACGUGUACUUGUACCCUCGAGAACGGUGCUUCGAAGUCGAUCCGCGGGUCUCGACGUGGCGAAAGGGCACCCCAGAUGAACACCAAGUAGAACUAAAUACCCUGGCCCGGUUCUUCAGCCACUACUCCCAAGGCACUCUGCCCUCGGGGGCCCGGAUGAGAACGACCGCGUCCAGCCUGCAGCUGACAGACUCGCUCCAGGGCCAGAUGCCCAACCCGCCCCCGGCCGUCGGCGGCGUGAACCUGGUGGAGCCGAUCCGGAGAUUGUUCAAUGCUUUCGGGAGCAGGGCUAAUACCCAGCAUGCGGUCUUCACCGUAGGCGGUCUGAACCUCGUCAAGACGGCUCUUUGGAGACAGAGUAACACGGCCAACUGGCUGAAUCCUUGGAUGACAGAGCAAGUCAUGUCGCGGGACCUGCGCAACUUCCGCAACGGCGUCUUUGCCCAAAAUGUCCGCAACGUCAUCGUCGCCAUCAACUACAUGCGUGAUCCGGCCGUCUGGGACAGCAUCCGGUCCAUCAACAAUGACAUCCGAAACGAGCUGCGGCUGCUGGAGGACUUCCACCACCAGCGUACCGGCAUCAGAGACUACGUCGUCUCCGCGUGGGACGAGUUCUUCCGCGACCAGCUGCAGGCCACCGUCAGCUAUACCCAGCGAUGGGUCCGCGACUGGGUCACGCGCGCUCGCAACAACUGGCGCGAUAACAACGACGAGGACGUCAUCCAGUUCCUCGCCGUCAUGAGCACCCUACUUCGCCACGCAGAGGACCUCGAGUUCAACUAUGAUGAGCUGCCUAAUUAG